AUGUCGCUGACAAACUGUCGAAGGAUGGAGGCUGUUUUCUCCGCCGUGUUUGCCCUCUGCUGCCUUGUCUCCACCGGUGUUCAUGGAGACAGUUUAACGGUGCUGCAGUCUCCAGAGUUUGUGUCCUUUAAGAAAGGAGACUGGCCCGUCUCUGGAGAGAAGAUCCCUGACCUGGUGGCUUUAACCAUGGGCUUCUCCGUUCAAGAGGAUCUGUCCUGGCCCGGUCUUCAGGCCGGUCCGUUGUUCCAGCGUCCCCGGGCUAAUGUACUGGUGGUGGUGAGAGGAGUGGACAGCCUGACUCUGCCUCAGAGUGUGGCGUCUUUCCCCCUGGAGAACCCGGUACCCUUCACCUUGGACAGCGUUGCAGAGACGGUGCACUCUCUGUUUGCUGAGGACACCCCUGUGGUGCUGCAGCUGGCCCCCAGUGAGGAGAGGCUGUAUAUGCUGGGUAAAGCCAAUGCUGUGUUUGAGGACCUACCAGUCACCUUGCAGCAGAUCCGUGCCCGUCUGUCUCAGGACGGCUCCGUGCUGGCUUCUCUGCCGCUCAACUCGCUCAGCAGGAAUGCAGAGGCUGAUUUGCUCUUCCUGUCUGAGGUCCAAGUCCUGCAUGACAUCACAGCUCUGCUGCAGAGACACAGACACUUGGCGAAGGACCACUCUCCUGACCUGUACUCCUUGGAGCUGUCGGGCCUGGAGGAGCUCAGCAGGCUCUACGGCCAAGACUCUCCUCAGUACCGUGAUGCCACGGCCAUUCUCACCUCUGUUCUGCAGAAAUUUGCAGAAGAUGUUUAUGGUCUCUAUGGCAACAGCGCUGUGGUGGAGGUUGUCACAGUCAAGACCUUUGAGGCUCCUUUGACCAGGAAGUCCCGUUCGAUCCUGCAGUCCAAACAGAUUAGUAACCCGGAAAGCCCGUACAAUCUGGCCUACAAGUACAACUUCCAGUACGCUGUGGUCUUCAACAUCGUGCUGUGGCUGAUGAUCGCUCUGGCCCUCGCCGUCAUUGCAAUCGCUUACAACCUGUGGAACAUGGACCCCGGAUAUGACAGCAUCAUCUACAGGAUGACCAACCAGAAGAUCAGGAUGGACUAAAUCCUGAGCAGCGACACUCCAGCCGUCCUCUUAGAUCCCUCUAGUGAAUGUUUGUGUUUUGUGUGAGGUCUUGUUCAGUGAAAAAAAAACUGAGUCAGCUUAAUGGGAGGAAGGACGUAACACUGAGUCACCUCUUUGUUUACAAAACAACAUCUUUACAGUAGGUUUUUUUUUUUUAAAUUUGCCUCCAUAAAGCUCUUUAACGUCCUCCACUGAUCAAAUUCAGACUUCCUCCCCUCAACCUCGGCUCUCAUCAUUCCUUACCACCUUUAACUCCUCACUAACUACCUUUCGUUUGUUUCCCUGGUGAUUGCAACGUUAUUUUUUAUUGUAAAAAAUAUAUUGUAAUAAUAUGAAAGAAUGGUUCCUGUGUGAAGUUGUUGUGCUUGUCUUUCUGUGUGAAUCUGUUUUAAGUUAAAUGAAAUCUAUGUGUAUAUAUUGAAUAUACAGAAGCAACUGUAUGAAGAAACUGCUGUACUCUUAUUGUGAAAAAGAUUUGCGUAGUGUUUAUUCCAGGUAGGUUAACCCUGCUUCAAUUCCAAAUGGUAAAUGCUUAUUAAAACACGUGAAUACUUGAUCAGUGUGUUGGUUGUUCUGAUUGGACAAAGAUAAAUGAAGCUCUGUAAAUCGCAAUAAAAAUAAAUUAUUACAUGGA